CCUUCCCCCUUAUCUUCCUCACUCAUCGCCGACGCAGUGAAAAAAAAAAAAAAAAACAGUGGCAGCGUUUGAGUAAACUCGACAGGGGUGACGCGGUGUGCUCACUGUGCUGCACGGGAUAAGGUUGGAAGUGAACAGGGUGGCUCUGUAUGGACUGGUGACCGCUACAGAAAUAGGUGCCGCCAAGACGAAGCCAAGAUGUUGAAGGAGUAUAGAAUUUGCAUGCCCAUGUCCGUGGAGGAGUAUCACAUUGGACAGCUGUACAUGAUUGCGCGACACAGUUUGGAGCAGAGCCAGGGGGGGGAGGGAGUAGAGGUGGUGGAGAACACAUCUCACACUGAUCCUGUCCAUGGCCAAGGACAGUACACAGAGAAGCGCAUCCACCUCUCUGGGAAGCUGCCAGUAUGGAUCCGCUCUUAUAUUCCCAGAUUCAUAUAUCUGACUGAGCGAGCAUGGAACUAUUACCCUUACACAGAAACAGAAUUAACAUGUUCGGUGGUACCAAGAUUUUCAAUCAAGAUCCGCACACGUUAUGAAAAUAAUAAUGGAUCCUCUGAAAAUUGUCUGAAUGUGGAAGAGGAGGAGCUGAAGAAGCGGACCGUUGACAGAGUGGACAUUCUCACUGACCCUGUGGAUGAGAAACAUUACAAGGAGGAGGAAGACCCGUCUGUAUUUAGAUCAGAAAAAACGGGCCGUGGUCCUUUGGAGAAAGGCUGGGAUAAAUGUUGUGACGUGAUUAUGUGCUCCUACAAACUGGUUGAUGUAUCCUUUCAAGUGUUUGGACUACAGACCAAAGUAGAGGAGUUUGUGCACCGUGCUAUCCGAAAUAUCUUGCUUUUGGGUCAUCGACAAGCCUUUACCUGGAUUGAUGAGUGGUACGGGAUGACAAUAGACGACGUGAGGGAGUAUGAGAGUGGAAUGCAGGAAAAAACCAAUGAGAAGGUCCGCAAAGCCCAAAAGGAUAUUGAUGGCAUUAAAGCCCCUGAGACACCAGAGGGAGAGGAAGAAGAAGGGGAAAAGGAGGCUCAAGAUCUCAAAGCAUCUGGCAAACUUAGUAAGAGUGACUCCUUAUCUUCUCAAGGCAGUGAAUCCAGCCAGUCCCAAAGGAGUGGAUACCUUUCUUCUUGGUUUAAAUGGUCCUAGUUGUAGCCAGUGAGUUCAAGCAGUAUUGUGUAUUACUUGUAUGUGAUGUAACAUAAUAGUUGUUAUUUUUAUAAGUGAUUACUUGAUUUCUGCUACUUGAAUUUACCAAAAUGAUGAUUUCACCAGAACAAUAUAGGGAUUCUCAGUGAUUUGGAUGGUCUGUGUGGUAUAUACACAAUAUAUUUUGACUUAAAAAUUUCUCAGAGAUUUUAAAGUUCUGAAAAAAUUAUCUUAUCAUUAUUGCAGGUAAUUAUUUUAUUUUAUUUAUUGGACAUAUGUAUGUUUAAACAUAUUUAUGUGUGCUAGUUUGGUCAGUGAAUUCGUAUUUCUAGCUUGAUCAUGGUUGGUGCCAGGUGUUUUGUAUCUCCUUAUUAUGAAGAGUAAGGACAAAGUUAUUUUGGAGCCAGGAAGAUCAAACCAGCGUGUGUUGGUACGACUGCACAAAGUGUGAAUGGAUAUGCAGCUCAUAGUGCUGAUUUGUUUCUUUACCAUAUACUUUAGCUUUGUGAAAAUGUUGGAAAUAUACCUUACUAAGGAUUGGCUUAGCUUACUAUUGUAAAAUUGUGCAUUUCAUCCUAUAAUAUAUGUAUUAUAUAUUGAUAUAUAUUUUAUACAAAUAAGCAGUUUUAUAAUAAGAUGAGUGAAUAUAUUAUGGACAUUGUGUCAUCCUGCUGUGACAAUGUCAUGGCUAUAUGCAGGUCAUAAGAUGGUGUAUCUCAAAUGCUAUCUUGCAAAUUUUGCCAUUCUGUAAGAUUCACAUUACACACAAGUCACACGGAGGUCUGUUCAUUGUGUGUUGUGGCAAAGUGGAUGUGUUCUGCUCUGCAAGCAUCCAAAAGGUCCCUCCAUCAUAGUUCCUGCAGCAUCUCGCUACAUAAGAAAAUGUAGAUGCAUCUUUGAAUUGAUAAUUAAUUUCCUUUAUAUUUUGGUGUAUGCUUGCCUUUUUCACUUUUGUCAUGUACUCAAGAAGGAAAGUAUGUAGUAAUAACAAAGAUUACUUUGCUUACAUCAUAAGAAUUUUCUGCAAUUUUUCCUAUUUUUUUUUUAUUUUGCAAUGCGAACUUGAGUUUCACACACGUCAGGUGGUAUCUAAUCAGGAAAUAAUAAAAAUAACAAAGAUGUUAUUGUAAAGAGAGAAUACAUAAAACUUUUAUGUACCAGAUUUUAAAGUCUUGGGUUUAUUAAGUAAGAUAAGCAAAGCAAACUUGCCCAGAAAUUGAUAUUUCUUUUCUUCAAAUAUAUUUUGGGAUUUAUUUAUUUAUUUAUUUAUUUAUUUAUUUAUUUAUUUAUUUAUAUAUUUUUUCUGCUAAUACUAGCCAUGAUGAGACACCUGGGUAUGCUCUUGCAAGUUAUUUGGGAGGAUCCAUCCUCCUUUUUUAGAGUCCAAGGUGGCUAAUACACUGUAUGUGUGUGGGCAUCUCAUCUUGGCUGCUCUUGUUAAUGGAGAUGUCAGUCUGUUAAGCAGGUAGAUUCUUUGGCCUUUCCCAGGUAAGAGGUGGCAUCCCCAGAACGAGAACAUCAGUUGUUGUGUGGAAUGGAUGAUGACAUGGAAAUACUCACAAAGAUUUUCUGUGUUAGGUUCAAUAUACAGAUUGAUGCAUUUUGGAUGCUGAGACAAGAUAUGUGUAUACAGACAGUGUUUGGUGUUUGGAACAAUAUGUUAUGAGUGUGAAAGUGAUUUUAUUGUAUGAGUAGAAUGACCUAAGAAAUUCAGCAGUUAAUUGGACUGAUUUCUUCUAAAGUUUUCAUUGGUUAUGAACAUUUGGUUAAUGAUGUGUUAAUUUUCUUUUGUAUAUAAUCAUAUUUUAAGAAUCUUGCUCUUUUUUUCUGUGGCUGUGUUCCAGAGAUAAAGCUUGCCUUAAAAUACAUGAGAUGAGUUGUGUGAAUACUUUACAUAGUAAGUUAUUUUUUUUUGGCCAGGAAAAUUUUAUAAAUGUUCAAAUUUUAGAGAUGAGAGUUGGAUUAAGGUUUUCAUUGCUGCUCUGUGUGUGAUUACCUGACAUUGGCUGUGUUCAUCAUGUUGACAUGGGCAGGGUAAACAGAAAUGUAUAAAGUUCAGAUCCAAAUUUUAUUUUGUUUUGUAUAUAUUUAAUGUAGUUUGUACUAUUUGUGUAUUUAUCAUUAUUUUUCUAUACUAAUGUGAUAUUUUAUGAUGAUGUUUUGGUAUUUUGAUAUAGUGCAUUGUAAGAUUGUUUGAUUUAAAUGUUGGCAAAUGUUUUUCAUGUUUUUUGUAAGUCAUAAAGUUACAUCAGGUGGAAUGUCUCUCUUGGUCAGGCACUAGGACUUUGUUGGAUUUUUUAAUCUAAUGUUGAAAGCUUGUAAAAGGUCUUCAAACUGGUUUGAAAUAACAAAGUGGUGUUAAGGGGUACCGUGUCAAAGUCGCUAAUGGCUACUUUCAUAUUUUUAUUCAUCUCAUCAGUAGUACCUGAAUUCAAUGCAGAUUUGUAUUGCAAGCUGAGGACAGUAACUAUGAAAGGACUCCAGAUGUUAGUACUGUUGGAAUUAUGGUUUUGUGGUCGUGAAGCUUUAGAUUUAUACACUAAUGCAGUCAGGCAUGUGAUAUAGAAUGAUGGCUAUAAGACUUUGGUCCCUGUUCUCUUUGCUAUUGUGAAUUAAGGUUUAUUUACUGCUAUCAGAGUUCUGGAUGCUGGGAUUUGUUUAUGGUAUUCAUUCAAAACUGUGGCACUAAUUUCUUCAAUCUAAUGACAACAUAAUAACCACACUUAUUUAAUCACAAAUUACUCAGAAUGGUGGAACAUGGAGGUUUAAAAAAUUUGAAGACAUUUUGGGAAUACAACUUAUAUCUAUACAUGGUAUAGUAGUCUGUUUGUUUGACUAAAGAUUAUGUCAAUAGUGAUGGGGCUUGAUGGUCUGAAGUGCAACCAAGACACUGUGCAGUAUUAUUCUUUUCAAGGGUGAUCUUAUUCUGCAUCUCACCCAUCAGUGUUAGUUUGUGGAGAAGAUAGAGGCCUGAAAUGUUUUCUCCCAAGGAGGGAUGUGAUUACUUAUCUAACACCAUAGUUUUCAUACUCUUAAGUCUUACAGUCUCAUUGUAAAUCAUUGUUAUGAACACUAUGAUGGAGAAACAACAAAUUGGUCUGAAGAGGAGCUGUGGAACGAUUCUUGAUUCUUAUUAACAGUAUACCUCUUGUAGAAUGAUCUCAGGACCAGAGUAAAAAAAUGAAAUAUGUACUCACAUUGUUCAGCUAAAGGUGACAUCACCAGGAGCUGACUACAUGGCCUUAUGUACAACCAAGUCACAAUAAUUAUUAUUGUAAGUCAUAGUGCGCAAAGCUAAUUGAUGUGAAUCAUUAAACUCCUUGCUACAACUGACAGAUCAAUAUAGGAUGUCUUGUGUGUUGUCCUGGCUCUUUUCUGUGCUCCUUGUGAAAGCAAAGAUUACGUAAUUGUAUUGUGUAAGGCAUCAUAUUGAUGUUUUGUUGCAUGCUGUUGUGGGGACUGGAAUAGCUUAUAUGAUGUUAUUUGUUGAUCUUGCUUGACAUUGUGAAAUUUGCUUUAUGAAUGAGUCAGUGAUAAAAUGUUCAAAGAAAAGUAUAUCGCUCAAGUUAUUUCACAGUGGCUAUUACUAACAGUCCAAGUUGAUAUGAAAGUGGUGCCUAUGGUAAUAAUAUAUGAUAUUAUGCUUAUUUACAUGUCUGUGUGUUUAGAUGUUAUUGUUCACUCUCUUUGUUUAUCUCUUUCAAUAUUUUUGGGUAACUAAAUAUCUUUUGUGCUGUGACAGGGAUGAACAAUAAUACUUGCACAAAGAAAGCUUUUCUUCAGACUAAACACAAUUGUAUUGUUGUAUAAUAUCCAUUUUUUCUUUUUUUUCUUUUUAAGAAUGGAACAUAGGAAUCUAAAAACAAUUAAGUGAUGUAUAAGCAAACCGAGUUACAAGCUCAGUAACAGAAUCAAUUUAACUUGCAAGUUGAGGUGUAUAUAUAUAUAUAUAUAUAUAUAUAUAUAUAUAUAUAUAUAUAUAUAUAUAUAUAUAUAUAUAUAUAUAUAUAUAUACACACACACAACGUGCAGUGUAUAUUGGCACGGGAAAUAUAGACAUAUAUGAAUUAGUAAAGUAUUAACUGAUACUUUUCAUGAUAGAUGGUUAGUAUUGACUGUGACUAUUAUAGUGUGCUGCGUAAACAGUUGUGAUUAAGUUGGGACUCAUUGCAGUGCCUGACUUUCUAUUGUUUUAACAGCUUGAAAUGGAAUGUAAUUAUGAGCAAAUGAUUUGUGAAUUUGAAAGAUUUUAGUGGAGUUAUUGUAUGCUGUGUAUUAUUUGGUAUUGCCUGGAAUUAAUUAUUUCUGGGGAUGAAUGCAGAUCACAAAAUAACUUAUAAAAGUAUAGGAUAUUAUUAAAUGUUUAUGAAACAUAUAGGAUGUCAUUGAUUCCUAAAAGAAAUAAAAUAUACUCUCUCUCUC